CCGUUGGCGAUGAGCGCCCAGCGGCCCGCGUGCGCCGUGGAGGCGCCGGCCGCGGCACCGUCGCCCCUGCGCUCCCUGCUCCGCCACGUACAGCUGGAGAACCUGGCGGCGGGGCUGAGCGGCGGCGUCGUUUCCACCUUGGUGCUCCACCCGCUAGACCUGGUCAAGAUCCGCUUCGCAGUAAGUGACGGCUUGGAGCUGAGGCCAAAAUACAACGGGAUUCUCCACUGCAUGAGCACUGUCUGGAAGCAUGAAGGACUACGAGGCUUAUAUCAAGGAGUAACUCCAAACAUGUUGGGAGCAGGAGCUUCCUGGGGUCUUUACUUUUUCUUUUACAAUGCCAUCAAAGCUUACAAGAAGGAAGGGAAGAUGGAAAGUCUCAGUGCAACUGAACACCUCGUGUCAGCUGCAGAGGCUGGAGCCAUGACUCUCUGUAUUACAAACCCAAUCUGGGUGACAAAGACACGACUUGUGCUCCAGUACGACGCUGGAGUGGAUCCAUCCAAGCGGCAGUACCGGGGAAUGUGCGAUGCUCUCCGAAAGAUCUACAGGGCGGAGGGCGUGCGUGGCUUGUACAAGGGAUUUGUGCCUGGUCUCUUUGGAACUUCACAUGGAGCCCUUCAGUUCAUGGCAUAUGAGGAUCUGAAACUGAGAUACAACCAAUACAGAAACAGAGUGUCAGAUACAAAACUGAACACUGUGGAGUACAUAUUAAUGGCAGCUGUAUCCAAAAUAUUUGCUGUGUCAGCAACAUAUCCCUACCAAGUGGUGCGAGCUCGCCUUCAGGAUCAGCACAAUACCUACUCUGGUGUGUUUGAUGUGAUCCACAGGACAUGGAGGAAAGAAGGAAUUCAUGGAUUUUACAAAGGAAUUGUUGCCAACGUGAUCAGAGUGACUCCUGCCUGCUGCAUUACCUUUGUGGUGUAUGAAAAUGUGUCUUCUUUUUUACUUGGUUUCAGAAAAGAAAGCAAUUAAAGGUAUGAGAUUGUGUUCAUAAGGAGUUUAUCUUUUCUUUUUAUAUUUAUGAUCUGGGAGAGAUUUGGCUCAGCUGC